GCGCCGGCGGCCGGCGCGGGCGCGGCGGGCCGGGCAGGGGCGAGGGGCGCCGGAUCCUGUCCCUGAAUCAGUCAGCAGUUUCACACCUGGGAUGCGUCGCUCAGUCCUAGUCAGGAACCCAGGCCACAAGAGCCUGAGGCCUGUUUAUGAAGAGCUUGACUCUGACAAAGAGGAUCUGGACCCAGUUUCUGAAGACCCAGAGCCUGAUCCAGAAGACCUCAACACUGUCUCAGAAGAUGUGGACCCCAACUAUGAAGAUCUGGACCCUGUCCCAGAGGAUCUGGGUCCCGAUGUGCAAGCUCCAGGCUCCAUCUUGGGGAACCAAGGUUCCGAUCCCCAAGAUUUGGACCCCAUGUCUUCAAAUUUCGACCUCGAUCCAGAUGUUAUUGGCCCUGUACCCUUGGUUCUCGACCCUGACAGCGACACCCUAAGCCCCACCGCACCAGACGUGGACCCCCUUUCCUCCAGCCUCACUGCCACCCCCCAAGUCCUGGCCACCAGCCCCGAGGUGCUCCCUCCCCCAGCCAGCCCGCCCCGGCCCUUCUCCUGCCCCGAUUGCGGGCGAGCCUUCCGUCGAAGCUCCGGGCUGAGCCAGCACCGCCGCACCCACAGCGGCGAGAAGCCGUACCGCUGCCCCGACUGUGGCAAGUCCUUCAGCCACGGCGCCACCCUGGCUCAGCAUCGUGGCAUCCACACCGGGGCGCGGCCCUACCAGUGCGCUGCCUGCGGCAAAGCCUUCGGCUGGCGCUCCACGCUGCUGAAGCACCGCAGCAGCCACAGUGGUGAGAAGCCCCACCACUGCCCCGUCUGUGGCAAAGCCUUUGGCCACGGCUCGCUGCUGGCGCAGCACCUGCGCACACACGGCGGCCCGCGGCCGCACAAGUGCCCAGUUUGCGCCAAAGGCUUCGGGCAGGGCUCCGCGCUGCUGAAGCACCUGCGCACGCACACCGGCGAGCGACCCUACCCCUGCCCGCAGUGCGGCAAGGCCUUCGGGCAGAGCUCAGCGCUGCUGCAGCACCAGCGCACACACACCGCCGAGCGCCCCUACCGCUGUCCCCACUGUGGCAAGGCCUUCGGGCAGAGCUCCAACUUGCAGCACCACCUGCGCAUCCACACCGGCGAGCGGCCCUACGCCUGCCCGCACUGCUCCAAGGCCUUUGGGCAGAGCUCGGCGCUGCUUCAGCACCUCCACGUGCAUUCUGGCGAGCGCCCCUACCGCUGCCAGCUCUGUGGCAAGGCUUUUGGCCAAGCGUCGAGCCUCACCAAGCACAAGCGGGUGCACGAGGGCGCCGCAGCUGCUGCCGCCGCUGCCGCAGCAGCAGCGGCCGCGGCCGCUGGCCUGAGCCUGGGGCCUGGCUUGAGCCCUGCGUCCGUGAUGAGGCCUGGGCAAGUCUCCUUCCUGGGUCCUGAUGCUGUGUCUGUGCUGGGUUCUGGCCUGGGUCUCAGUCCUGGCCCCAGCUCUGGCCGCAGCCCUGACCCUGGCUCUGCUCUGGGCUCCCUUUCCAAUCCCAGCCCUCAACCUCUCUCUGGCUCCACAUCCACCCCCAGCCCUGAGCCUGUUGAAUGUUCUGACCCUAAGCCUAGUGAUGAUGAUGACCCUGACCUUGUGCCCAGCCCUGACCCCAACCCUGAGUCCCACCCUGAUCCCUGCUCUCCUAUCUGUGACACUGUCAGCCCAGCCCUCCCUACUGGUGAGAGCCCAGAGUGGGUAAAGGAGCAAGGGGCACUACUGGGGCCUGAUGGCUGAAGGGGACACCAGCACCACAGGCCUGGGGAAGUUGUGUGUUGUGCAGUUAGUAAAAUCCUCCCACUGCCUCCC